AUGAAUAUUUCAGCAGGACCAUCAAGGAUCGAUGAAGAAAUCCAAUUUACAUCAUCUUUUUUGAAGGUGCGUUCAAAUGUAAAAGUACAAACUUUGGAAAAUACCUUACUUAAAUCAAUAAAAGACUACAGAGAUCUCAUAACUGAAUUUGAAGAUAUUUUUAAUGAAUCAGAAUGCUACAGAAAUCAAGUUUUGAUACAAAAAGAGAAAUGUGAAAGUGAAUCCUGUGUUAGCUCUGAGGCACUAAAAAAAGUAAUUGCUGGAAAGGAUGACACUAUUCAGUCCAUUGGAAACAUUUUAAAAGAGUUAAUCGAAAAAAAAGACUUUAAUAUCAUAAAUAAUGCUUUUCGAAUUAUUUAUGGCGAACAGUUCCCACUUCAAAAGGCAAUAUCCCUUGAGGAAAAAGCAAUUCCUAAUUUGGAAAUCUUGAAUAGAAGAAACGUGGAUGAUAACUUCCCAUUGAGUGAUCUAGAUGAAUGUGCUACAACAACGAAAAUAAAUGAUAUAUCAUCUGGCAGGAAGAGUCCAAUAAUUCCAAGUAAAAUACCACGAAACCGGUCUUGUUCAAUAAUAGAAAAAACCAAACCACAAGAAAAAAAGAAGUGUCCAGACUCUUGGCCAACAUCGGAGGAGAAGGCUUUGAAAUUGUUGUGUCCUACACCCGCCAAAGGCAGAUGGAAAGGGAGAUACCGCCAGUCGCGGCUUAGUUUUGUGACGCCCAAAACGGAAACAGCCGUAGACCUCACAUGCUCUAUGAGUGACUGCGAAGGAAACCUAAAGCCAAUAAAAAUGGAGUCGAUUGAAAAUGAUGAUACAAUUCUUCCAUCACCAACCAGUGGACAGAUAAAUUUUACCUCUGUAUACAAAUCAGCUGGAAGGUGCAGUCCUUAUAAACAAAAAAAAUCAUUGUCAACCUUAAAGCCGAAAGGCGACGAAGAAAGUAUUGAAAGCACUAAUAAUAAGGAGAAUAAACCUAGCAAUAAAGAUAUUGAUGUUACAGACAUAGGAAUGGAUGUUUUGAAAGAGUCAAACAGGUGCGAAAGCAGUCAGAGUAAAUCGAAAAAGCCAUCGCCAACGAAGAAACUGAAGACCAAAUGCACCAAGUUCAUAGACGACAACGACGAAAAUAUGCCUAAAGAUGCAACGUUAAAGAACGAAAUGGAGGAAUCAAUUGAUAUCUUAAGACACUUCCCUAAUAGAUUCCUCACCAGCCCAACUAAGCAGCGUAUCGUCACUCCCACCAAAUCGAGAGGAAAUAAUGACGAUGUGGACGAGAGCAUGUCGCUCUUGCAUCGAAUCAAUAAGAUCGAUGACGUCAUGUACAGUCCGAGCAGCCCGAGCAAACGGCCGUUGUCCCAGAGCGAUAUACCGCCUAGCUUGUCAGUGCUGAGGCCUAAUUUCACCGCAAAGGUAGUUAGCGGCGAUGUGAACAAUAAAAGGACGAAACCGGAUUUAGUGGAGCCAAUAUUCAAAGAACCAACAGUGCGAAAGAAAGCUGAAAAGCUAGCCCUACCAGGAUGGAGUUGUGAUGAAUGCAAAGAAUUCUACGCCGAGCUGUACAAAGAUGAUCCGGUGAUGCUGCGCCAGAAGAUGGAGGCGUGCUCCCGCCACAGGGGGCGGCGGGACCCCGCGCGCCCGAAGACCCCGCCAGGGUUCUGGCAGCCCCGCUGGAACGUGCCCACGGACACCGACGACUUCAACCGGCGCAACGACGCCCUC